UUGUUAAGUAUGAUAUAUAUAGUGAUAACGUUCCUUAUCUCAGGUCCGGGUUUUUGGGGUCUAAUCAAUCCGCAAUGGAACAUGUGUAACAAGGGCCGCCGGCAGAGCCCCGUCAACAUAGAACCCGAUAAAUUACUCUUUGACCCCUGGCUGAGAGACAUACAGUUUGAUAAACAUAAGGUCAGCGGUGUUCUACAAAACACCGGUCAAUCAUUGGUCUUCCGAGUGGAAAAGGACAGCAAGCACCAGGUCAACAUCAGCGGUGGGCCACUGUCUUACAGAUACCAGUUCGAGGAGAUAUACUUCCAUUAUGGUUUGGAAGACAACCGGGGCUCUGAACACCAGAUUGAUCAUCAUACUUUUCCUGGAGAGAUACAAUUGUAUGGCUUCAACAAGGAAUUAUACCACAACAUGUCGGAAGCACAACACAAGUCUCAAGGGGUGGUAGGAAUUUCGCUAAUGGUUCAAAUAGGAGAACCUACUAACAAGGAACUGCGUCUCAUAACUAGCGCCUUCAACAAAGUUACCUACAGAGGCAGUUCCUUCGCCAUAAAACAUCUACCGCUCAGUUCAUUGCUGCCCAAUACUCAGCAAUAUCUGACGUAUGAAGGUUCCACCACUCAUCCAGGAUGUUGGGAGACAGCUGUUUGGAUCAUCUUUAACAAACCGAUCUAUAUAUCCAAGCAAGAGAUGUACGCAAUUCGUCGUUUGAUGCAAGGGUCUCAGCUGACUCCAAAGGCCCCAUUGGGGAAUAAUGCUCGCCCGGUUCAGCCUCUUCACCAUCGCACCGUCAGGACAAAUAUCAACUUCAACAAGCAAGGAAUGCCGGUAUCAAGCAACUGUCCUGAUAUGUAUAGGAAUAUGCAUUACACAGCUACACAGUGGCCAAGAGAGCACAGCAUGAGAUACAGGAGCACUGAAGACCUGGCAAUGCUAUCAUUAAAUUAG